AUGGCGCUCGGGUCCGGGCGCGCGGCGGCCUGCGGUGGCCUCUGCUUGGCCGCCUACGCCCUGCACCUGGUGUGCCUCCGCGAGGGGUCGCUGCGGGAGGAGGCGCCGCUCGGGCAGGCGUCCCUGGCCGCGGCGGCAGCUGCGGCGGCGCCGGUGCCGGCGCGGUCCGUGCGCGGGUUCUCGAGCGGGCCAGCUGGCAGCCGCGGAGCAGCGGGGGAGGGUGCCGUGGCGGCCGUGCCGGCGAGUGAGGCCCGCGGGCCCGCGGGUGGCGGCAGGGGCAGGCCGCGAGGCAACGGCACGCUCGGGUCCCUGGACGUCGAGCGGGUCGCCUGGCUGCACCCUCCGAAGGCGGGCAUCUUAUGUCUCCCCGACUUUCGUGAACACCCUCUUUGGGUAUGCGUGCCGCGGGCUGAAGAAUGA